AUGGGGUCAGGGUCACUGCUCAGUCCCAGGAAUGGACUCUUGUUCGCUGUCAUUGUCGCUGCUCUGGCCUACCUUCUUAUUGAUCCGUCGUCGAGGAGGCCAGAAAUCGUCCUGCGUCAAGGAAAGGUUCGCGGCGUGACGUUGGAACGAGGCGAUUUUGCGCAGCAGGUGGAGGCAUUCUACAGGAUCCCUUAUGCACAGCCGCCGGUAGGUGAGCUGCGGUUCAAGCGUGCUCAGCCUGUGCCGGACUCGAACACUACGGUCUACGACUCCCAGACGUAUGGCCCAAGAUGCCCAGGGAAGCAGUUACUGGCGGUACCCGGCGCAAGCGACGAUAGUGAGGAUUGUCUGACGGCGAAUAUUUUCCGCCCUGCCAACACCUCGGGCCAGCUUAUGCCCGUUGCGGUGUACUUUCACGGAGGGGCUUUCAACCGUGGUACGGCCAAGAUCCAUGACACGGCGUCCAUGGUCUCGCAUGCAGCUCAGCCGAUUGUGGCCGUAUCUUUCAACUACAGGCUCGGCGCUCUCGGGUUCUUGAAUUCAGCCGCAACUGCGCGCGAGGGCAUCCUAAAUCUGGGCCUGUGGGAUCAAGUGCUUCUACUAUCAUGGGUUCAGGACAACAUUCGGGCGUUUGGCGGCAAUCCAGACGACGUCACAGUCAUGGGUCUUUCCGCCGGCGCCCACUCUAUCGGACACCAUUUACUCAACGGAAAGAGCGUCUUCCACAAGGCAAUCACAGAAUCCGGUGGUGCGACCUCCAGAGCCCUCCACCCUCCUGACUCCCAACUCCACGAAGAGCAAUACCAGCUCUUCUUAGACGAGCUGAACUGUACGACUGUGCAAUGCCUACGCGAGCUGCCCUCCAGCGCCGUCACCGCCGCCUCAUCCAAGGUCUUCGACGCAUACAACCACUUCGUACGCUGGGCGUGGCAGCCCGUGAUCGACAACGAGCUCGUGCCCGGCCGGACCUUGGACCAGAACUGGCCCAAAAACAUCGCUGUCAUCACGGGCUUCAACCACAACGAGGGGACCAUGUAUGUACCCAAAGACAUGUCCACACCCGCUCAGUUCGACACGUUCUUCCAAACCCUGCUCCCGCACGUUACGGAACGUGUCGCAGCCCUAUAUCCGCAGGAAGAAUACAUCGAGUGGCGGCCCGACCGCGGCGAGCAGUACAUGCGCGUCGAGGCCGCCUACGGACAGUAUGCGUACGCGUGUCCGGCGCGUCAGGCGGCCGGGAAGUUGGGGACAAGCGUGUUUCUAUAUCAUUGGGCGCUGAACCAGACGGUCGCUGGCGGCGCGAACCACGGCGAUCAGAUGUGGUACGAGGCUAUGGAUCCUACGGUCAGAGGCAUCAGCGAGCACCAAGAUCGUCUGGCAAGGACGUUCCAUGGGUACAUUACUGACUUCAUUGCCACGGGAAAUCCAAAUGGUGGAGGGAGGCCUGAGUGGGCGGAUUUCGGAACAAGUAGGAAGACCAUGGUGUUUGGGCUAGGUAAUGAUGAGCGUGCUGGGGGCACUGGGGUUGGAAAUGGACCGGCAUCUUUGUUGAAGGACGACUGGGCUAUGAAGCAGUGUGAAUUCUGGGAGAGGUGGAGUCGGGUUUAUGAGGAUUGA